GAGAAAACCCUAUUUAAGGAUCCUUGGGUAUCUCCUGCCUAUCUAAGCGAUCCUGCAGUCCUUAGUCAAUUCCCUCCAACUUCUAUUCAUGCUGGCUCUGUUGAGGUUCUCCUUAGUGACGCAUUAGUGUUUGCUCGUCGUGUUAACGCUGCAUGCUCAAACCCUUCUUCCUUCGAUACACCUCAGCAUCUACCUCCUCUAACUAUACCAAUUAACCGCAGCAGCAGCAGCAACAGCAGCAACAGCAGCAGGAAGAAUAGUAGCAGCAGCAGCUGCAGUUGCAGCAGCAGCGGCAGCGGCGGUGAUGCGGUAGACGCACAUGAUGGCGAUAAGAAGGAAUGUGUGCAUGCAAGCAGCAGCAGCAGCAGCAGCGGCAACAGCAGCAACAGCAGCAGCAGCGGCAGCAGCGGUAACAGCAGCCGCAGCAGCAGCAGCAGCCGCAGCAGCGGCAGCAGCAAGGGCAUAUCACGGCUCAUUUUAAAGGAUUCUUCAGCAGCAGCAGCAGCAGCAGCAGGAGCAGCAGGAGCAGCAGGAGAUGCAGCAGCAACAGCAGCAGGAGAUGCAGCAGGAGGAGGAGAAGAAAGUCCUCGUGAGGUCUUAACCUUUUUCUCUGCAGAGAGUCUAACAGAUCAUCUGCAGCAGCCACAGGAAGCAGCAGCAGCAGAUGCUGCUGCUGCUGCUGCUCCUCCUUUCUUUGAUCAAUUAGGUUGGCUAACAGAGGAGGCCCUGCAGCAAUUAGAUAAGGAAGGAAUUAUUGAUGCAACAGCAGCAGACAGCAGCACAACUAAACAAGCAACUGUUACUGUAUGGAAAGAUGAAUUCCAUGUUUUCCCCUGUUUUGGAUUCUUGGAGGAACCCUCGGCGUCGGAGUGUUUGCAGCAAAUUGCUGAUUGGAUAAAUGCCCAAUUUGGUGAGGAAGCAGCAGCAGCAGCAGGUGACGAUUCUGCUGCUGCUGCUGCUGCUGCUGCUGUUAGUGGUGGUGCACCACCAGCAGCAGCAGCAGGGGGGGAGACAGCAGCAGCAAAAUCCCCAACAGAUACAACACAUGCUGCAGCACCAAUGCGUGCAGCAGCAGCAGCAGAUGCAGCAACAGCAGCAGCGCCACCAACGAAUAGGCCUGCUGCAACAAAUGCAGCAACAGCAGCAGCAGCAGCAGCAGGAAGAGCAGUAGAUGCAGCAACAGAGACAGACAAUGCAGCAACAGCAGCAGCAACAGAUGCAGCAACAGAGACAGACAGUGCAGCAGCAACAGAUGCAGCAACAGAGACAGAUGGUGCAGCAACAGCAGAUGCAGCAACAGAGACAGAUGAAGCAGCAGCAGCAGCAGCAGCAACAAAAGAGGGAAAAGCAGCAAUUGCUGCUCUUGCUGCAGCAGCAAAUACAAAUGCAGCAAAGUAA